AUGAAGCGUCCAUUAAGUCCUGACCACGUCUUUGAAGAUGGGAUUAUGAAUCAACCAGCUGUUCUACGAGGAUUUGAAGAAAAAGGACUGAGGAGUGACAGACAGGAGUAUCAAUUAAGCAAAGAAAAAAAGAAGAUACUAUUUUCCUUCUGUGAAGUAUGCAAUAUACAGCUGAACUCUGCAGCACAAGCUCAAGUUCAUUACAAUGGGAAGUCCCACCUGAAAAGGGUGAAGCAGCUAAAUAAUGGAAAACUCCCUACAAGUACAGCUCCUGGCACUUUGUUUGCAAGUACAAGCACAGGCACUACUACACUUCCUACCCUCGUGCGCACACCUACCUUGAUGAUGCAGCCUUCCCUGGAUAUCAAACCCUUUGUGUCCUUCCCUGUGGACAGCAGCUCUGCUGUUGGAUUCUUCCCAAAUUUUAACACAAUGGAUCCUGUGCAAAAAGCAGUCAUAAACCAUACAUUUGGAGUGUCCAUUCCCCCAAAGAAGAAACAAGUCAUUUCCUGUAAUGUCUGCCAGCUUCGCUUUAACUCCGAUAGCCAGGCCGAGGCCCACUACAAAGGAAGUAAACAUGCCAAGAAGGUCAAAGCACUAGAGGCAACGAAAAAUAAACCCAAAGUUGGUUCUUCCAAGGACAGCGCAAAGGCUAACACAAGCUGCUCCACCACGCCAGUCACAGCCAACAUCUCUGACAAAUCAGAAGAUAAAGGGAAAACAAAGCCCAAUAGUGCAAGUCAGCAGUCCAGUACAGAAGUGGGUCCUUUUCUUCCCAAACCUGGAGUGGCAGCAGUGGCACCUGUAACACCUGCCUCAUCCUCGAAGAGCACAAAUGGAGCUCCUAACACAGUUUCUGAGUCAGAAGAGGAAAAAGCCAAAAAACUACUUUACUGUUCGUUAUGCAAAGUGGCUGUGAAUUCCCUGUCACAACUAGAAGCCCACAAUACAGGCUCCAAGCACAAGACCAUGGUUGAGGCUCGGAAUGGUGCCGGUCCCAUCAAGUCUUACCCUAGACCUGGAUCCCGGCUGAAGGUGCAGAACGGCAAUAAAGGCUCAGGACUGCAGAACAAGACAUUUCAUUGUGAAAUCUGUGAUGUCCAUGUUAAUUCAGAAAUUCAACUUAAGCAGCACAUUUCCAGCCGAAGGCAUAAGGACAGAGUUGCAGGAAAGCCUAUGAAACCUAAAUAUAGUCCUUACAACAAACUGCAGCGCAGUCCAAGUAUUUUAGCAGCAAAACUUGCAUUCCAGAAGGACAUGAUUAAGCCGCUGGCACCUGCUUUCCUUUCAUCUCCUCUUGCUGCAGCUGCAGCUGUAUCGACAGCCCUGUCCCUUCCUCCCCGUCCCUCUGCCUCCUUGUUCCAGGCACCUGCCAUACCACCAGCUCUCCUCAGGCCAGGCCAUGGUCCCAUCCGGGCAACACCUGCCUCCAUACUUUUUGCACCAUACUAA